CUCCUCCUUUUCCCCCCUCGUCUCUCUCGCUCCGCGCAAAAUUUCGCCCAAAAUCGAGCCUUAAAUCCGUCUGUUUGCUCCUCAGAUUCUGCUAGGGAUUGUCGUCGGAUUCAAUUAUUGGCCAUCAAUCACUGAUUUUGGUGCGAAAUUCUGCUCCCUUGAAUUUAUCGUAGCCGUAGCACCUCGAAAUUCCGCGCUUAGUGGAAGGGACUGCACAGAUGAUGGAGAACAAUAACUGGAGACCGGCCCCACCUGGCGGGGGCGGCCCCGGAGGCGGCGGCGGUGCCGGCGGUGAGGCUGUCCCGGAGGGCGAUGACUGGAGGAAGCAUUUGCCUCAGGAGUCGAGGCAGCGGAUAGUCAACAAGAUAAUGGAGACUUUGAAAAGGCAUCUUCCAUUUUCUGGUCCAGAGGGAUUGCACGAACUAAGGAAAAUAGCAGUUCGGUUUGAGGAAAAGAUUUUCCAUGCUGCUGUGAACCAGCCCGAUUAUUUGCGGAAAAUAUCUUUAAAGAUGCUGACCAUGGAGACAAAAUCUCAAAAUUCUGUAGCCAACUCUAUGCCCUCUGGUUCUGCUGGCAAUGGCAGUAAGCCUCCUGAUUCAGUUAUGCAGCCCCAUCUUGGAAAUCAGGGGCCAUCAAUGCCGAACCAGAUGGUGGGUAAUCAACCUCAAGUGCGCCAACAACUCUUGUCGCAGAAUAUUCAGAACAACAUGCCAACUUCUGGAGUUCAGGGAUCUGCGGGUUUAACCUCUACAUUGCCCCCUGUGUCUGGCACAAACCAGACUUCAAUACCAAACAUUGUGAACCAGAACACGAACAUGCAGAACAUGCCCAAUGUUUCACAGAAUUCACUCGGGAACCCAACGGGGCAGGGUUUAGCAUCCAACAUGUUUGUGCAUCCGAGGCAGAUGUCAGGAAGGCAACAGGUGGUCUCCCAGCAGCAACAACAGCAACAACCGCAGAAUCAGCAGCAGUACCUUUACCAGCAGCAGCUGCAGAAUCACAUUAUGAAGCAGAAGCUCCAGCAAGGAAAUAUUCAGCACUCAAUGAUGCCAUCUCACAUGCAGCAACAACAGCAGCCGCAGCAACAACAACAAUCGCAGCAGAAUAUGCUACAACCCAAUCAAAUCCAACCUGCCCAGCAAUCUGUCAUGCAGUCAUCCACUGUUAUGCAAUCAUCAGGAAUGCAGGCGGCUCCUCUUCCUGAUGUUCAACAGAAUCAGCAGCCUUCCAUCCAACAGACAUCGCAGCCGAUGCUUCAGCAACAUCAGCAACCUGUGAUGAGGCAUCAGACACAGCCACAACAGGCUGUUCAUCAACAGCAAACAUCCCUACAGCAGCAGCAGAUGAUGCCAUCUCAGCAGCAACAACCAAAUAUGCAGCAAAAGCAAAUGAUCAGUCAACAGAACAACAUGGUGGACAUGCAGCAGCAGCAGCACAGAAUGCUAAACCAACAAAAUAAUCUCCCAAACCUCCAACAGCAGCAGCCGCAGCAGCAGCAGUUAAUGUCUCAGCAAAACCACCUCUCAAAUCUCCAUCAACAACAAAUGGCCCCUCAAACUAAUGUUUCCGGAAUGCAUCAGCAGCAACCUGUGAUGGGUACUCAAACUGGUAAUUCUAACAUGCAAGCUGGUCAACACUCUGUACACAUGCUGCAACAGCCCAAAGUUUCGGUUCAGCAAGGGUCUUCAAAUAUGAUGCCUGGCCAGCCAUCACAAUUACCACCAGUGCAGCAGCAAUUGAUGUCACAGAUGCAACCACAACCCGGGCAGUUGCAGCAGCAGGUGGGCUUACAGCAGCAACAAUCUUCGCUUCAAAGAGAUAUGCAUCAAAGACUACAAGCGUCAGGUUCGGUGCUUCAACCCCCCCAAAAUGUGAUGGAUCAACAAAAGCAGCUUUACCAAAAUCAGAGGGGCCAUGCAGAGGCAUCAUCGAUGCCUCUUGAUUCCACUGCUCAGGCAGGCCAAGCGAAUGGAGGUGACUGGCAAGAGGAGAUUUAUAAGAAGAUAAAAUAUUUGAAGGAUUCGUAUGGGCAAGACUUAAAUGAGAUGUACCAGAAAAUUGCUACGAAGCUGCAGCAGCAUGAUUCUCUUCCUCAGCAACCGAAGUCGGAGCAGCUUGAAAAGCUGAAAAUCUUCAAAGUAAUGUUGGAGCGCCUUAUUGCUAUGCUGCAAGUUCCCAAAAGUGAAAUAUAUCCAAGCCUCAAGGAUAAGCUGCCUUCUUAUGAGAGGCAGAUAGUGCAAUUCUUAAAUUCCAACAGGCCCAGAAAGCAGCAAGGGCAACUUCCACCGCAUCAUAUGCACUCAGUGCAGCCUCAACAGCCACAGCCUCACGUUGGCCAGGUCCAGUCAAAUGAGAAUCAGAUGAAUCCCCCAAUGAAUAUCCAGGGUUCCGGUGCUUCCAUGCAUCAGAACAGUAUGACCAGCAUGCAGCAUAAUUCUAUGUCUUCAUUUCCCGUGGUCUCAAAUACACAACCAAUGAUGAGUUCUCUGCAACCUAAUCCCAGUACUGAAUCUGGGCAAGGAAAUGCGAUGAACUCACUGCAGCAGGUUACUGUUGGAUCUAUGCCACAGAAUCCAGUUUCUGCUCCACAGCAGGUGAAUGUCAGUGCCAUGUCAUCACAGGGUGGGCUAAGCAUGCUGCAGUCAAAUAUUAACAAUCUUCAAGCAAAUUCCAACGUUCUUCCACAGAAUCUAAAACAACAGCAAGAACAACAGAUGCAGCAGCAGUUCAAGCAACAGUACCAACAACGUCAGAUACAACUGAUCCAGCAGAAGCAGCAGCUUAUGCAGCAGCAACAGCAGCAGCAGUUGAGCCAACAAGCGAAGCAGCAGCAGCAGCAGCAACUUCCAACACAGCUGCAGGCUCAUCAGAUGUCACAACUGCAUCCAAUGAAUGAGGUGAAUGAGAUGAAAAUAAGACCCGGCAUGGGCGUUAAACCUGGAGUCUUUCAGCAGCACCAAUUAGUAACAGGGCAACGGCCAGCUUAUCCUCACCAACAGCUGAAACCGGGAUCUUCAUUUCCCAUCUCCUCCCCUCAGCUUCUGCAGGCUGUGUCCCCUCAGAUUCCACAGCAUUCUUCCCCACAGAUCGAUCAGCAGAAUCUGCUGACAUCUAUUACUAAAACUGGGACUCCUUUACAGUCUGCAAGCUCACCUUUUGUGGUCCCAUCUCCUUCGACUCCUUUGGCUCCAUCCCCUAUGCCCGCUGAUUCAGAGAACCAGAAGCCUGCUUCUGGCAUAUCUUCUCUCUCUAAUGCUGGGAGUCUCGGCCAUCAGCAUAUAACUGCUGCCCCAGCGGGGGCUCAAUCCCUUGCCAUUGGCACCCCUGGGAUAUCGGCCUCACCACUUCUCGCAGAGUGCAGUGGUCCUGACGGAGCUCAUGUUGUAGCAUCAACAGCUGUCUCUGGGAAAUCAACUGUGACUGAGUACCCAAUUGAACGCUUGAUACGAGCGGUGAAAUCGGCAUCACCUCAAGCAUUAGGUGAUGCUGUCAACGACAUUGGUUCGGUGGUUAGCAUGGUUGAUAGGAUAGCAGGUUCUGCACCAGGGAAUGGAUCUAGGGCUGCUAUUGGUGAGGACUUAGUAGCUAUGACCAAAUGCCGUAUGCAGGCGAGGAACUUUAUCAUGCAAGAUGGACCAAGUGGUACCAAAAAGAUAAGGCGCUACACAAGUGCAAUGCCUUUAAGUGUUGCAUCUUCAGCUGGCAGUAUGAAUGAUAGUUUCAAACAGAUAAUGGGUGCGGAGACAUCUGACUUGGAGUCGACUGCAAGCUCUAGUGCGAAGAGGUCGAGGAGCGAGGCGAACCAUGUCCUUAAGGAAGAGAUCAGGGAAAUAAACCAACGGCUUAUAGAUACAGUCGUCGAUAUUAGUGAUGAGGACGUUGAUCCAACUGCUGCGGCUGCUGUGGCAGAAGGGGGUGACGGAGUUGUGGUUAGAUGCUCUUUCAAUGCUGUGUCUCUCAGCCCGGGCUUGAAGUCACAGUACGGUUCUGCACAACUGUCACCUAUUCAACCCUUGCGGCUGCUUGUUCCCUCAAAUUACCCGAACUGCUCUCCAGUACUCCUUGACAAGUUUCCUGUUGAAGUAAGCAAAGAGUACGAAGAUCUCUCGGCGAAGGCAAAGUCCAGGUUUAGCAUCUCCCUCCGCAGGCUCUCACAGCCCAUGUCCCUCAAGGACAUAGCAAGGACAUGGGACAAUUGUUCCCGAGCGGUCAUUCUUGAGUAUGCAGAGCAGAGCGGUGGAGGCAGCUUCAGCUCCAAGUACGGGACGUGGGAGAAUAUCCAAACUGCCACCUAAUUAUCCUCCUUCCUCUUGCAAAGGGAGCAUUCCUGCGAGGUGUGCACCAGAAUGUUGAAAAUUCCUCAUGUUGUGAGCCCGGUGGGCGCGGGGUUUUCCAGCUGCUUUCUUUUCAUGUGAGGAAAUAUUGAAAGUCUUGUAGAUGUAUAUCUUGAACAGUAUUAAGAUAUGAAAUCCGGCUACAUUUUCCAGUCUUUGUGUA